AUGGUUAUGGUCCUUAGUCAUCCACCCACCGCUCGUCAGUCGUCUUCAUCAGGGCUGUCGUGGUAUUCUUCCAGUGCCGGAGAGAUCAGAAUCAUUCUUUUGCGAACCACGCACAAUAAAGCCAGCACAUGUCCUGUAGCACUUCUUCUGCGCAUGCCCUUCCCCUUUCACGGAAAAGCAUCUCCUGCGCUGCUUGCAGAUCAAGUGCUUCAGCGUGUGAGGAAGGGGCAUAGCCGGAUCUCAGGUAACGUUUAG